AUGAAGUACGCUUUCGCCGCUUCGGCAGCCGCUCUUUCUCUGCUGGGAUCUACCUCGGCAUGGACAAUUCCCAUCCCUGCCAACUGGCAUGGCAAUUUCCUGGGCUUCAACCGCGGCUCCUCUGAGGAAACCGACGCCGAGAACAUUGCUGCUCUCGUAUCCGCCAUCGCGACAUCUACGAGCCCAGCCGCAGCAGCAGCAACCACUGGCUCUUCUCACGAGUCCGGAGGUGAGGAACAUCUGAUCCUCUUCAAUGCCUCGCACCCCACCACUCCCGAGGUCGAGGAGAUUCUCAGCCGCUUGGAGCUCUCCACCAACCACUCCGACGUGCGCUACACGUUCAACAACAGCGCCUUCCGCGGUUUCUCGGCCAACAUAAAUGAACACUGUAUCAAGGCUUUGGGUGAUAUGGUGGAAGUUGAGUCGGUCGAGAAGUCUGCCGUCAUGUCUGCCUCCUCUUUGAGGAGCAAGAGGGAUGUCAGCACACGAGGUGGUUCUCCCUGGGGUCUGCAGCGCAUCUCCAGCGAGCUGGCGGUUGGUGGCAACGCCACCGAUGGCCUUGCUUUCACCUACUCGUACGAGAACGCCCAGCUCGGCAAGGGCGUUGAUAUCUACAUCGUUGAUACCGGUGUCAACGUCGAUCACGUCGCUUUCCAGGGACGCGCGCGCAACGGUUGGACCGCCUACCCGGACACUUCGGACCGCCCUGUAGACGGCUGGACCGACGACAGGGGCAACUACACGGACGGUGCUGGACACGGCACUCACGUCUCGGGCACCUCUGCCGGCGCAACCCUCGGUAUUGCUACCGGCGCCAACAUCAUCGCCGUGCGCGUCCUCGAUGCCGACGGAGGUGGCAAGUCCUCCGACACCAUUGCCGGCAUCAACUGGGUCAUCCAGCAGCAUGAUCAGCGCAAGACCGAGUCGGACUUCGUGGGCAGCAUCCUGAGCAUGUCUUUCGGCACCGAGGAGACGGUCGACACGCUGAGCAACGUCAUCAAGCUCGCCACGCAAUCCGGCAUCCACGCCUCGGUGGCGGCCGGAAACAAGGGCAAGGACGCGUGCGACUACUCGCCGUCGAACGUCGGUGGCUCCAACUCAUCUGUCGUCAGCGUCGGCAGCAUCGGUAUUACGGACGAGGUGUCUUCCUUCUCCAACACGGGCGCCUGCGUCGAUGUGUACGCUCCCGGCGAGGACAUCCUGUCGACGUACAUUGGCGGCGACAACGUCGUGCAGUACCUCGACGGCACCAGCAUGGCCUGCCCGCACGUCACCGGCGUCAUGGCCUACCUGAUGGACAAGGAGCCCGCUCUGCGCCAGGAUCCCGCCGCCAUGAAGGCGCGCCUGACCUCGACCGGCCUGCUUAGCUCCAUCACCGGCCUUGUGCUCGACUCCACGCAGACCGUUCUGCUCAACAACGGUGUCACCGGCGCCCUCCUCGGCAAGAAGCGCGCCGUCUCUGGCGGUGACGACGAGGAGCUCGACGCCUUGUCGUCUGGCGCAUUUGUCCUCAGCUCCGAGGACGGCAAGUCGAAGAGCAACUGGUGA